UAAUUUGUCAAACGCACGACACAAAACACAACAAGAGAAACGUCAAAAUUAAUCUCAAAUGUAUAAUGUAAACGGUGGAGAUUUAAAAUGCAGAUUAAAUUAAUCUCGUUCUCUUAAUCUCACAAUGUAAACGUUGUAAACACACAAUGGAUGUCUUUAUCGUAUAUAUAUGUAUCAAUAUUUAUGGACGCUAGUGUAAAGCAGCAAGAUAUGCAAGAUAAAUCACCAACCAACAGCUGAGACUUGAAAAUUUGCGCAGUAGUUCAACAAGUGCAAUUUAUCGUCAUUUUAUUAAUUACCAAAAGUAAAUAUGGUGCAAUCAUGGGUUAUGGACAGUGCAAACAAUGAUCAACGUUUGGAACACAAAACCAAUCCACCGCAAUAUGUUUCUCUAAAGGAUUUAUAUACAAAAACUGGUGUUGAAUAUUUUAAGAUUGAUGCAAAUAAUUACGCAGAAGAUUCGACGUUAACUGAUCUUCGCACACAAAGAGGAUAUUCUUAUGAGGAUGAGAUAACCUGUUCGGAAAAAUGCUUACCUGACUAUGUAAAUAAAUUGAAAUCAUUUUUUACGGAACAUUUGCAUACCGAUGAAGAAAUUCGUUUGGUCCUUGACGGAUCUGGCUAUUUCGAUGUUAGAGAUUCGGAGGAGAACUGGAUUCGAAUAUAUGUGGAAAAAGGAGAUUUGAUAAUUAUUCCAGCAGGAAUUUAUCAUCGUUUUACUUUGGACAUCAAUAAUUAUAUAAAAGCGAAGCGCUAUUUUAUUGGGGAACCUGUAUGGUUACCUUAUAAUCGUCCUGCCGACAGCAUGGAAUGCCGAAAAGAGUAUCUAAAACACCAGGAAACAAAUUUUACAACUUUGCAUAAAGUUUAAAACAGAAAUUUAACUACAGACUUGACAAGGAAACUAGUGCAAUUAUAUAUUUUAAUGUUUUAUACAAAAAAUCAUUCCCUUUAAUAGGCAAAUAAAGUCUAAAACAAUAUAAAA